UUUUGCCUUUUCCGGUUGCAGCGCCGCGCAGUGAGGUUCUCUAGUCCACACUCGCAGCCAUGCCGUCCAAGGGUCCGCCGCAAUCGGUGCAAGUCUUCGGACGCGAGAAGACAGCCACAGCUGUGGUGCACUGCAAACGCGGCAAUGGUCUCAUCAAGGUGAACGGGCGGCCCUUGGAGAUGAUUGAGCCGUGCACGCUACAAUACGAGCUGCUGGAGCCAGUUCUUCUCGGCAAGGAGCGAUUUGCUGGUGUGGACAUCCGUGUAUGUGUGAAGGGUGGUGGUCAUGUGGCCCAGAUUUAUGCUAUCCGUCAGUCCAUCUCCAAAGCCCUGGUGGCCUAUUACCAGAAAUAUGUGGAUGAGGCUUCCAAGAAGGAGAUGAAAGACAUCCUCAUCCAGUAUGACCGGAUCCUGCUGGUAGCUGAUCCCCAUCGUUGCGAGUCCAAAAAGUUUGGAGGCCCUGGUGCCCGUGCUCGCUACCAGAAAUCCUACCGAUAAGCGCAUCAUGACUAUCAAAAUUCACCUGUAUAAUAAACAGUUUUUGAGGGAUUUUAAAGUUUCAAGGAAAAAAAGUUAAUUGGCUUUUUAUGAAGGAUUUAUACUUUUUUUUUCAGUGUGCUGUUUAUUGCUGAGAAGUGGCUGCCCUGCCAGAAAACUGCUAUUCUCAGCUGUAACCACAUUGACUAAUAGUGAGUGGAAGUGAAGUGGAUAAAAAGUAAAUGUGUCUUCUCUGUAUCUUUUUUUAUUUAUUGGCUGAAGAACAGGAGGAUGCAGAAGAUGGAAGAAAAGAUAAUCUCUGAAAGAUAAUGAAGCAGCUCUCCUAACUAGACAAAAACGUCAUAGGGGAUUUUUUUUCAUCAUUUUACUCUGUGCUUCUAUGCGUUUAAAUUUUUUUUUUUUUUGAGACACAGUCUCGCUCUGUUGACCAGGCCAGAGUGCAGUGGCAUGAUCUCGACUAACUGCUACCUCCACCUCCUGGGUUCAAGCGAUUCUGCCUCAGCCUUCUGAGUAGCUGGGAUUACAGGUGUGUGCCACCACACCUGACUAAUUUUUGCUUUUUUAGUUGUGGUGCAGUUUCCUCAUGUUGGUGAGGCUGGUCUCGCGAUUUGUUCACAUGGGCCUUCCAAAGUGUGGGAUUACGUACGUGAGCCCCUGCAC